AAAAUCAGUGAGGUACGGCGCACCAGGGGGAGAUAAACCAUUCUGAAGAUGAUCGGGCAGAUGUUGGGUGACUAUAGAGGGGCACGGUUCGGAUUAAAUAAGGUGUACAAUAGAGCGCAUACAUAUCUACAUAUCACCUGUGUCGGACCACACCUGUUGAUCGACUUCUGUUUACUACCUGCACAUCAAGGGCGAUAACCUAGUAUGGAUUACGCGCUUGACUACAUGGCAGUAAACGGAAUGAACAUGGGUUGAGAUCUGGACCUACAAAUUACAGAAAAUUUCCUACUGAAAACAGAGGAAGCUGACCUGUUACCAUGGUGAUGGAGAGGUUUGAUAUUGACGAUGACCCGAGGAGUCAGAAGUACCGUGCAGUGACGAAGCGUGUGUUGGUGCUGGGUGUGGUGUGUCUUGUCCUGACUGUAGUGAUGGUUGCAGUGGUCGUCUCAGUCAUUCUCACUGCAGAAAAUGAUACCAAACAACCUGUUACUGCUGCAGCCCUACUGGGGGAUCUGACAUCCUCAUAUCUAGACCAGACAAGGCUGGGGUCAUUUAGUGUAAAAAUGUCACGGAGUACAGAAAGUGUCGUGGGUGGUAUGGGGUCACCAGGUGUAAUGAGUUCUAUUCAUGUCAGCUCCAAUUCCUAUCAUAUCACAACUUCAUUUAAUGUACCAGUAACACAUCGACCUAUGACCUCUUCAUCCAUUGUCACUCGGUCAAUAGACUUAAUAGAAUCAUCAAUGGAAUCAUCGUCAGAAUUAUUUUCAUCAGAGCCAUUUGUUUCACCUUUCAGUACCAUUGAUCCCAUGCACUCCCCAUCACUUAGUGUGUCCAGUUUAGACUUUGACGCCAUGCUCUCUGUAUCUAUAGACGAUACCCACAUCUCCAUUCCUGUCUCACAGUCUUCUGUGUUUAAUCCUAGUUCAGUGUCUUUGUUGCCAUCGGAAGUAUCAACUUUUGUAACCAUGGAAACCAAUCAAAUGAUGUCAUCAGGUCACUAUCCAUUGUCCUCAACCACUGAUGUGUUAGGUGUGUCCUCAGUUCCGAUGUCCUCAGUGGUAGCAACAGACAGGGAUAAUGUAACCCCAAGCUUCUACCCAACCUCAUUUUCCCCCAGUGAUGUUAUGACCUCAUUUCCAAGGUCAGAGGUCACCUCACUUGGUUACACCACUCAAGAGUCUACAGUACACUCAUAUUUUCAGACAACAGCAUCACAGCAUCAUGUAUCAUCUGAAUCAACCCUGUCAUCAACAAUAACAGAUAUUUCUACAACUAACCUACAUUCAUCAGAAGCAGACAUUUCCUCUAAGUCGGAGGAUCACAUCAUUUCCUCUUCUUCAGCACAUUUAUCUACAGCAUUUGUCUUGUCCUCCUCAUUAGAUAGUCAUUCUUCAACUGUAGAUGAGAAAAUGAAGGUCACAUCAUCUUAUAUUUCUGAUUCAAUGAUGUUACAUGAUGUUUCUUCUACCUCUCCUGAGUCUGGAUCUGUAUUACUGAAGAGUUCUAGUCAGCCAGUCAUCUCCCCUUCCUCCUAUAGACAGCAGGAUGUCUCUACACCUCUACUUUCUACCUCGGUGUCCUCACACAUGUCUGUGUCUUUGAUCUCUUCCCUCUCAACACCAUUUCAGUCCUCAUUGACCUUUGACCUCAUUACAACUACACCCAAUGUUCUAGAGUCUGGCCAUCUUAUUGCCACACUAGUCCCAACCCGUGUCUCUGUGUUAAUGUCCUCCUGGGUAAGUGGGAAUGAUGGCCAGAGUAGCACCCACGUGCAGUCUUCUGUACAUCCCACCCUGGUCACGGAGGAGACAACGUCUUUGUACGUCAGUGAGAGUACAGAAACCACAAUCACUUCCACACACACAACACCCACAAGUAACCCAUGUCCCACUGGUCAGGCACCUUGUGAGGAUGGUAGCUGUCUGUCAGCAGACAAGUUCUGUGAUGGGGUGGCUAACUGUCCCGAUGCCAGUGAUGAAGCCAGGGACUGCAGUUGUGGGAGUGGUCAGUUUAAGUGUAGCAGUGGUCAGUGUGUGCCCAGUCAGGCCAGGUGUAAUGGACACCUGCAGUGUAAAGACAAGACUGAUGAAUUCAACUGUUCAGGGUGUUUUGGUUUCCAGUGUGCUUCAGGGUUGUGUCUUUGGACGCAUUCGAGUCGAUGUGAUCAGGUGAUUGACUGCGAUGACCUCAGUGAUGAACUCGGAUGCCCCUUCAGACCUGGCUUCAAGAGAUGUACCAACGGUAUCUUUAUCCUUGCCUCUGAUUGGUGUGAUGGUGUGGACGAUUGCUAUGACAACAGUGAUGAGACACAGUGUGUAUGCGACCCCCAUACAGAAGUGGCAUGCCAGGACGGUGGCUGUAUACGACUGGAGUGGGUCUGUGAUGGAGUCUGGGACUGUACUAAUGGGACAGAUGAGGAGGACUGUGACCGGUGCAACAGUACAGAGUUUGUGUGCCCUGACUACCAGUGUGUUGCUAUGGAUACGGUCUGCGAUGGUCACCAUGACUGUUCUGGAGGAGCAGAUGAACUCAACUGUUUUUACAUUGCCAGUGAUGACCAGUUUAAUUUAAGCUUGAGUACUGGUCAGCUGUUGGUCCAGCACUCAGGCCAGAUCCAGCCAAUCUGUAGCAGCCACUGGACACAGCAGUUGAGUCACCACAUGUGCCGACACCUUGGACAUGAAAAGUCUAUCCAGACGGUUUACACACCAGAGAUGUCAUCACCUCAGAACUCUUAUUUUGAACUGAAGUCAGAUGUUUUGAUGUCAGGAACUUCAGAAAUUCUUAGUAAUAUUGUAAAUGUGACAACGUGUUCUAACGGCAGCGUAGUCAACAUUUCCUGUUCAAAGAAAGAGUGUGGAAAAAGGUCAGGGGAUUUUCUCACUGCUUACAUAGCGGGUGGAGAGUUAUCUCCCCUGGGGAAGUGGCCGUGGGUGGUGUCUCUGACAUACCUGGGGGAGCCACUGUGUGCUGCUGCCAUAGUAACCAGCCAAUGGCUAGUAACUGCUGGACAUUGUGUGGCACUGCCAGGAGUGCACGAUUACAUUCAGACACCAUUUUAUGUCCAAGCUUCUGCUGGAUCUGUCAAACGCUCUACUGACCAGAAAUCUCGGAGUAACAUGGUUGCUGCUGACAGAAUUGUACAGCAUCCAAACUUUACUUACACUGGACUCGGCUCAAUCCUCUGGGAUCUAGCCUUGGUCCACCUAGAACAACCUCUGACCUUCACAGAGGUCAUUCAGCCAAUUUGUCUCCCCCUGGAUGAGAAUAGUAACCAUGACAACUGCUACCUGGCAGGGUGGGGAUUCUUGGACAAUGAUGGAGGUCAGUUACCCCAGUACCUGAGGGAGGCCAAAGUCCAGGUUUGGGAUGACGAGACAUGUCGGCGGGACACAGUUCCCCUGGAAACCAGCGUCAACACCAACAUCACCCUGUGUGCUGGUUACACUGGUGGGAUCCUGUCUGGCUGUCAGGGUGACAGUGGCGGCCCCUUGAUGUGUGAGGCCACCAGAGGGCGCUGGUUUCUAGCUGGUGUGUUAAGUAGCGGCUCGGCCAACUGUGCAGUUGCUACUACUCAUGCCGACAGGUACACUCGAGUGUCGGCUCUGAGUGAGUGGAUUUCUAAUAUAACAGGGACACUCUGAAGUCAAGCAUAGGAGAGUUAUCUCUGAUUAAGAUUCCUGACAUCAUAGCAAUAUUGUUAAGCCUCUAGUAGGUAUGAGCAUCAGCUGGGGGGAUGGAUUUCUGACAUCACAGGAACAACUUAAAGUUUGGUAUACAGUUUUUGUACAUCAGCUUUGAGGGAUUACAUUUUUGACUUCGCAGAAAUAUUUUGAAACCAUGCAGGUUUAUACAUAUCAUUUGACUCCCAGGGAGACAGUGGCGCCCCCUGGAUGUGUUAGGCCACCAUGCAGAAGGCACUGGUUUCUAUCCGGUGUGCUUAGUAGCAGCUAAGCCAACUGUGCAGUUGUCAGGCAUACACGACAUCAAAAUGUUAAGUUUCAACCAUAAUGGAAAGUAGUUAAUAUCUGACAUAACGUUAUAUAGGCGCUUCAUAUAAAGAUUAGUCCCAAAGAAUACAGCUGAGUAGGCUGGAACAUUUUGACUCGCAAUUUGCAAUCAGCAAUGUGACUGCUAUGUAUUUAUUAUGUGAUUUUUGUACAAGAUUUUGUAGCUUGGAUAUGUAUCAUAAAUUGUGCCAAGGUCAAAUUAUUUUCCGACUAUUUAUUAUCAUUGCAGACAGCAAGAUCUGAGCAAUAUCAUGACUUUUUGUUAUUUUUCUACGUUAUAUAUGUACAAUGAAUAAAAUUGACAUAUUUGUAUACACAUAAUAUAUAUAUGUACUGUUUUUAUAUUUCAGUAAAUAAAUUAAUGAAAAACUGCUUGUUUUGUGUAUUUUUAGUUUGUUUGGGUAACACACAGUACCAGUUCGAAAACAAACAUAGGCAUUUUCUUGUUAGGGCACAACACUCCGUAGCUUAACAAAUAUUUCAUGCUUCUCCAUACUUAUAUGUCUAGUAUCUUAUUAUAUGGUAAAAUAAUUAAUAGAUAACUGCUCCUUAAAAUUACCCUCAUGUUGUUAAUCAAAUGUUAGGGGCAUGGCAAGACACAUCCCCUGAUAACAAAUUUAGCACACUGGUAAGAAUGUCCCCGAUAUUCCACAUAUUACUACAGUAAAACCCCAAGUAAAAUGGGCUGAAAAUACUGAAAAAAACUUCUACUCAUAUAUAUUUUGCGCAUCGAUUUUUUCCCUUAAAAAUGAUGCCCAAAAUGUGUGGAAAAUUGACCUCCGACACGAAACUUUGACACAAAUAUCUACUUUCUCAAAUCAUUUAUUAAUUAAAUGUAGUAAUUGUUUAUAAAAUUUCUAUACAUAUUUUUAAAUAUGAUUUUUGUCAUCCACGGUCCAUUUCAAUAGCGAGACAAAAGCUACACAGAAAAUUGUAAUAUUUUUAACUCUGCAUUUAGAGCAUCUGUUUACUUGAAUAUUGAGUAUAUUUUAUGCAUAAUUUAAAACAAACCAAUAACCUGAGACACCUCAAAGUCAUCACAAAAGCUGAUUAAUUGUGAUCUUUAUCAAACCGGUCA